AUAAAAAUAAAAAAUCUAUAUGGUACAAACUGAUAAAAGAAUUUUCCAAAUAUGGGCACAAGCCUAGAACCUUGUACUUGAUCGGUCAGGUCCUGAAGUAGGUGGCACGAGGUGGUAAGCUAAACUUCACCCUGUUUUGCCAAAACUCACAAAGACAGAGCCAGACAGAUAGAAACCGAUCUCCCAUGGCAGCUUCGAAGGUCCAAGCUUUCUGGAACCAUCCAGCAGGCCCUAAAACCAUUCACUUUUGGGCUCCAACUUUUAAAUGGGGCAUUAGCAUAGCAAAUAUUGCUGAUUUCUCAAAGCCACCUGAAAAUAUCUCUUAUCCUCAGCAACUAGGUAUGCACCUUUUGGGAAUACAGGUUUUCAGCUGUCUAUGUGAUCUAUGUUUAGAAUUAUGGUAUAUAUCAUACCUGAAAUAUUGUUUUGCAGCUGUUACGUGCACUGGGCUUAUUUGGUCUCGUUACAGUAUGGUGAUUACUCCGAAAAACUGGAAUCUUUUUAGUGUUAAUGUUGCAAUGGCUGGGACAGGCUUGACUCAAUUGUCACGCAAAAUAAAGCAUGACUACUUUCCCGACACAGAUGCAGCUGUACAAAAAGAAUGAUCACAAACCUUUCCGUAUGUACAUUGAUCUCAUGCUGCUAGCGUUUCUAUCGCUUGAUUUAAUUUUCUCUGAGAACUGCAAUGUUCAGUACACGAAGAAACAGAUGUGUUUUUUGGGUUGUUGUUGUACUUUUGAUAUUAUUAGCGUGUAAUUUAAGUUUUUGAGUGUUUUCAAUUGGCUACCAAUGAA